AUGGAGGAUACCAUACUUCUACGUGCUGCAAAUAACGAAGCCAACUCGCCACAUGUAGCCUUUGACACGGGCCCUAAAUACGGCUUGCUAUCCGAAUGUUUAUCUCCGUCUCCAGUCAUUCGUUCUAUCUUCUCUGCAUCUAUCCGAUGCGAUACAGACGACAAAUAUGUUAUCUUUGUUGGGGAACGACAUAUUGAAAUACGACACUUGUCGAAAAGGUUGAAUCUAGAGCUUCUAGCUACAAAGAGCGACUUCUUCUGCAAAAUCCGGUCUGCAGGUCUGAUAGAUCUCAGAAAGAAGGUUGAUUUUCUGAAUCAGAUCAAGCAAGAAGACGGUAGCACUCCCCUCCCGUCUUCAUCGAGUGCUUCUUUAAAGGUCCCAAAGCAGGUUCUGGUUAUUGCAUUGGAAUCCGGGGAUCUAGCAUUCGUCUACGUCGAUGGCUCGAGAGGAGCUAGGUUAGAGUUUAUAGUCUCAACUCAAAGACUCUCACCGACAUUGUCCCAAGCCUGCCAUGUUGGGAAAGCUAUAUCGGUCGACCCUCUCUCUCGGGCCAUAGCUGUAUGUGCUUGGGAGGGCAGUUUCAAAUUGUACGAAACAAACGACGCAGCAGGUUUGGAACAGAGGCUGGCAAAUGGUCAAUCUUUCAUCCCUCUCCGUCAUGAAAAGACAUUUCAAGUACCUGGGACUAUUGUUCACCUCGAGUUUCUGCGGGCAAAAGAGGAGAAUCUUGUUGUGUUUGUGGUUUUAUUCGUGAAUAAGCUGAGGCAGACAAGAGUCCUGUUGUACGAAUGGAAUACGGCUGAACCGCUCUCAAGGGCGGCACAGCUUGGCCAAGAUGGACUUCGAAUUCCGGAGAGGUGGGGGCUGCCACUUCAUAUUAUUCCUUUGACGAUUCCAACGUUUUUUGCUAUGAUCUGUGAACGUUCGAUCUGUGUCGGGAAAGCUAUCGAUAUAACAAACGGUAACUGUAAAUGGCAGCAGUUCCCAAUACCUAUCGUUGCCAAUAGAGACCAGAAUUUAGUCACCGCGUGGGCGAGACCGCAUCGGAAUGCAGACUACGCACAGAGAAAUGAUGAUUUUUAUGUCGUCAAAGAAAAUGGCGAGCUCUUCUGGAUUUACGUCAAUCAUAGUUCUGGGAGCUACGGGCCCAACAUCGAGACUGUUAAAUCCGGAAAGCUGGCCGGGACCGUAGGGGCGGCGCUUACGUUCCAUGAAAUUCGAACGCCUACCAGCAGCGACCUUUUGGUGGCAGCCGGCGAAGGGAGUGCGGGCGGUACUUACAUGAUCACGCCUAAGCGGCCAAAUACACCAUCGAAUAGGGACCCGCUCUUCAUUCAGGAAAUUUUCAACUGGUCACCGAUGUUCGACAUGGAUAUCCUAAAUUUGAAAACUGCUGACCGAAGCAACCUUUCCGCUUCAAGGGGCCGAUUGUACGCAUGUACAGGAUUCGGAGAGCACGGAGCUAUUGCUGAGGUCCGCCAUGGAAUCGAAUGUCGACCUGCAACCGUCAUUGAGCAUAACGAGCCUGUGACAAAGGUGAUACCUCUUCCGGGGAGUGCAGGGACGGGAUGUUUUGUGCUUCUCUGUCUAGUACUUGGAACGAGUUUGUGGUAUCUACCGUACAAUACACUGGAUGCCAGCGAUGCCGCCGACGUUAUUUCUCUUAGGAUUGGGGAUAACGUUCAAACUUUGACUGCUGGGGUUGUGAAAGGGCGUGCCGUCCAAGUUACUACGGAAGGCGUUUAUUCAACUACACUUAAUGAGGUAGAUGUCGAAGCGGAUAUUCAAGUGCCUACUCCACGACAAGAGUGGGAUUGCCCGGCCGGCUAUGGUAUCGUUUCGGCUGCUUUAGAAGGUGAUACUGUGGUUUUGGUUUUAAAAUCGGAAUCUGGGUAUCAGUUGUGGAAUAUGGAGCUGCAGCCGGUAUCAAAUGGUGACCAGGAGGAGUUUCUCAAGAAACGGGAAGAACCUCUUGAUAUAUCAUCUCAGCCGACUCAUCUCGACUUCUUAAACAUCUCAGGGAAAUCUUACUUGGUUGAGGCUUCGAGCACACUGAAUCUUUACGAGCUCAACCCAGACGGCCUUCUUGCCCCUCGAGCUCAGAUCUCUACAACUGAGAUCGAUGAGGACCCCCAUUGUACACAAGCCCAAUCUCCAGUUUGUGAAUCCGUCUGCCUUCUAGAAUCGGGCGGGAAGACCUUUUUACUAUGUGGUCUUCGACACGGAUACGUCUUCUAUGGCGAAAUAGACACUAGGACCCUAGAGUUCAACCCUUUAAAGAGGGUCAAGGUUGGAAGGUUGCCUGUGGUGCUCUCUGUGAGGGAUGAUACUCCUGACAAAGCCCUCGCUCACUCGACCUUCUCACUUUUCCAACUAAGUAUUGAAGAGUCUGAAUUAGUUGUUUCGUCCGUCGUUUUCAAUCAGACAGUUGAGCCUUCGAUUGAAGCAUUCUGCCACCUUAGUCAUGAUUUCAGGUCUACACAAUUUCCAGACCCUAUCAUUUGUGCAACAGAUUCUUCGAUAAUAGUUGCGAUGACCAGCAGGAUGCCAACGAUAUGCACAAGACAACUUGAAUUGAAGGAAACUCCUUCCAGAAUAAUCUAUAACGAGAAGGAGGACUUACUGGCAGUUGUAUGUCACCAAGCUUCAUAUGAGUCUCCGAGCUUAGAAACCGGAAGGGGUCUGAGGUCUCCACGUGCUACUGUCUUGUUUCUCGACCCAAAGACAGGGCAAUCUCAGGCACCUCGUGAGCUAAGGGAUGGGAAGUAUGACGAACUCAUCUUCAAUAAGAAAGAUGAGAAAAUAAAUUGUCUUUGCAACUGGGCUUUCCCAGACGAGAGUGUAUCGUGGAACUGUAUCCUCGUGGGCACAAGCUACGAAGUUACAGAAAAAUUGCCUCGCAAAGGUCGAGUUGUUGUUCUAUCUUUAAGAUACGUCAAAUCUGGCACGGAAAGGAAGCUGGAAAUUCGAAAGCGGAAUCAGAUUUUAUGUCCCGAGCCGGUGCAUUCAUUGGCAACAUAUGGCAAAGCUUCAGUGAUAUACGGAACAGAAAAGACCCUUUCGAAGAUUGAUUUGGUCCGUAAUGCUACAGGCCAAUGGAAAUUCGAAAACCAAACUGUUCACAACGUAGACUCUACGCCACUUCAGAUUACUACACGGGAUCAAGAUCAGAUAAUAUCUGUAUCGAGCACUAGAGACGCACUAGCGAUAUACCGCGUGAAGGAAGACCCUUCACCGUCUUUAGAGCGUGUUUAUAGUGACGACCAAGAAAGAGCCGGCCGAAGUCACCUACAUAUAAAAGAAAACUUCUUCAUAGCCGCUGAUCGUGACGAAGGGAUCGUUGGUCUAUGGAUGCCCACCGAAUGCCGCGUAACAACCUGCUUAACCCGAGUUUUCGAAGCCCACCUACCUAAUAGCAUUGCGAGUUUGCGAAUGGGCGAUCUUCGGGCGCCAUGGAGACCAAGGAGUUUGGAAUUACCUGGAGUAAUCAGUCCGGAUUCCGAUAUCAUCGGUACAUGUUUCGAUGGGGCUAUCUACAAAUUUACGAUCCUGAACGAAGAGGCGACGAAUUUGUUGGCUUAUUUACAAAAGUGUUAUAUCAAGGCUACUUACCCACCGGGGAAGAGUAAACCACUUGACCAUCGGGAGGUGGAGAUGAUGAAAGAAGGAAGUUUGAAGCAUAUUAGUGGAGGGUUACUGGCCGAAGCUUUGAAAAGUACAGAUGGUGAAUGGUUAAAAGAGGCGAUGAGGGAUAGGGAAGUCUUUGAGGAGUUGGUGUUUGCGGUUUAUAAGUCUGCUGGAGUUGAGGUGGCGCUUGGAGAUGAUAGAGGGCUUGAUUCUGUAGUGGUGGAGUAUUUGAAGGGUCUGUUGGGAGGGGUUGUGCUUUGA